AACUGGUCUGCCUUAAAAACUACUGUCAUCUUGUGAGGCAGUAACAUCACUACUGAUUCCUGCAAAUGAGGCAUUAUGAUUCCCUGCUGUCACUUUAAGAAGCAGCGAUGCAGCAGACGCAGUUGCCUCAUUUCAUCUGGGGGCUUCACGGCUGCAGGAUGGACUCUCAUCAGCACCGCCAGCACCUUUUCUUCCUGCUGCCACCGGGGACCAUCAAGUCAGGCAGAAACCGAAGCUCUUCCAUGAUGCACAGUUUCCACCUGCGGAAACGCCUAGCCAUCAGGGCUCCUGGUGUGCCGCUUUAGAAACAGCAGUGGAGAGCUUGGACAUCGCCUUUCAUGUCAAUGUCACUCACUCCAAGUCGAAAGCCCUCUUCGAAUCAGCGCAGGCGUUCUGUGGGAACUAGUGGUGGCAGUGGGCGAUAUUCCCACAGUGACACAUCAAGCACCCACACCUACCCUGGUCGGAUGAGGGCUCCUGAGGGCAGCCCCACGGCCCGGACAUAUCCUAGCACCCCCAGGCGUCAAGCAAAGCACACAGCCUGCAGCGAUAACCAUGGCAUCAAGCCCCCUGCCCCGGAGCAGUACCUUACACCCCUGCAGCAGAAGGAGGUGUGUAUACGCCACCUGCGAGCCCGGCUGAGGGAAAAUGUGGAACGGCUACAACACAGGGACUGUGAAAUAGAUGAGUUGAGGACGCAGAUGUACAAGAUGCAAGAAGACUGGAUAGAGGAGGAGUGCCACCGCGUGGAGGCCCAGCUAGCCUUAAAGGAGGCUCGUAAGGAGAUCCAGCAUCUCCAGGAGGUGGUUGAGUCUGUGAGGUCCAACCUGGCCGUCCGUGAACAAGACCACCAUGACCACAAGCCAUACAGGGAGCUGCAGGGAGCACGGCCAGGGGGAAAGUCACGCUCUUGUGGAUGUUCCCCAGCCAGCACUUUAAGUCGUGGUGCCACCUACACCCGGCUGAGCAGCGAGGCUCUUCAGUUGGAACGCAGCUCAAAUGCUCCUGAUCCGAGCGGAGCAUCUCGCCCGGCUGCGCAAACCCACCUGCUCCUGGAGGCAGCGCUCCUGUCAGAGCAGCUGCCACAGCAGGGCCACCACCUUCGAGGGCCCCCAGCUGUUCCACGCUCCACCUAUGAAAGGUUGUGUAGUGGGGGGGCUGUGCUGCCAAUCUCACACUCAUGUCAUGCUCUUAAUAGCAGCUGCAGGUGCAGUGGACACACGUACCUUCCCCAUCAUCACCUGUUCCUACACUUACCUCAAGAGGAGCCUUCGGUAACAUCCACACCUGCUGCUGUGCCCACCACUCAUACUAACCCCAUCCCUGUUCCUGCAGCAGAGAAGAAACCAGAGGUCCGUUCCCAGGCCUGCAGCCCCACCAUGACCUGGCUAUGUGAGGAGAGUGGUGCUGAGGAGCUGAGUGUCAUUUCUUUAGCCACAGCAGAUGUCACCCCCUCUGAGCCACAGCUGGUUUCAACAUCUUUACCACUUCUGUCCCCUCCAGAGCACAUUUACAGUGCAGAGUUACUACUACCUGAUAAACCUGGGGUUGCAGCAAAUGUGUCAGCAGAGCCCCUCACCUGCCAACCCCAGUCUAUACAUCCACUUCCAGUAAACCAGGGAGCUAUUCCACUGAACAAAGAUGAGAAUAAUACAGAAGAAACUGAAGGGGCAAAUGAGGACAGACAUCCCCCUGAACUGUGCCACUGGAGCCGAUAUUUCCUUGUAGAUCUUCUGGCUCUGGCAAUGCCUGUGGUCCCAACCAUGGCGUGGCUGUGCAGAGGGGCGCCACAGGAAGUCAUGCCUGUGUAUCACAUCGGGUCUCUGCUGAGAGGCUGCUGUGCCGUCGCCCUCCACUCACUUCGACGCCAGGGUGCAGGAAGGGGGCGCAGACCCACCAGCAUGAACGGAACAACUCCAAUCUGACACUUUCAGCCCCCUUUGAAGACGCCAAUCCUCCGCAGGCAUGAAGCUGACAUGGCAUCACAACUAAGUCAGCCCUGGUCAGCUGGAGUUCUUUGAAGAUUUUUAGAUUUUAAAUAAUGUCCUUGUGAUUCUGUGAUAAUGCAUUGCCUUAGGAUACAAAGAAUUAGUUGUAAGACUCAUUUCUUAAAUACACGCUCUGCUGCUUCUUACAGGAUAGUUUUCUCUUUAUUGCAAUUUGCAUGAAACCCCUGAGUUUGUUGGGUUGUCUUGCAUUUAAAAAGAUCCCCAAGAUAUGCGUG